CAGCGACCUACUUUGUCAUAAAUUUGACAAUAACAUAUGACAUUGCAAUGAAAAGCUGAAAACUACCCCUCCCAUACUUCCCCGUCCCCUCGGCCAACGUCAUUUAGCGUCAUUGUGAACGACGACCGAGGCAGUGUGAUACCAACCAGUGUCCAUGGUAUCUCUACCUUUUAAGAGCCAGGACUGUCCCGAGGAAGUAAGGGAACGAGAGGAGGAGGAGAAACCGAUUUGUUGAAAAGAUUUAACGUUACACUUUGCUGCUUUUGCGCCUCUCACAGCUUUGAUUAUCUUCAUGGAUGUUGCAGAUUCCUGAGCAAGAAGGAUGACAUCGGAGGCUGCGAUCUCCACACCUCCUGCCAUAAGCAGCACACCUGCCAAGAGGGACUACUUCUGGCUCCGCUCCUUUGUAGCUGGAGGUGUAGCAGGAUGCUGUGCCAAGACCACCAUCGCUCCUCUGGACAGAAUCAAGAUUCUUCUUCAAGCCCAGAACCCCCAUUACAAACAUCUAGGAGUGUUAUCCACUCUCAAAGCUGUGCCAAAGAAAGAGGGCUUCCUUGGCCUCUAUAAGGGCAAUGGGGCCAUGAUGGUCAGGAUAUUUCCUUAUGGAGCUAUCCAGUUCAUGGCCUUUGACAAUUAUAAAAAGCUGCUAAGUAAACAGAUUGGGAUCUCUGGACACAUCCACCGCCUCAUGGCAGGAUCUAUGGCAGGGAUGACUGCGGUGAUAUUCACCUACCCUCUAGAUGUGAUCCGAGCCAGACUGGCCUUUCAGGUGACGGGAGAGCAUCGCUACACUGGAAUUGCCAAUGCCUUCCACACCAUCUACCUUAAGGAAGGGGGCGUCCUGGGCUUCUAUAGGGGACUAACUCCAACACUUAUUGGAAUGGCCCCUUAUGCAGGUUUCUCAUUUUUCACGUUUGGCACCCUGAAGAGCCUCGGCUUGAAACAUUUCCCAGAGCUGCUGGGACGCCCCUCCUCGGACAACCCUGAUGUCCUCAUUCUGAAAACCCGCGUUAACCUGCUCUGCGGAGGGAUUGCCGGCGCCAUCGCUCAGACAAUAUCGUAUCCCUUGGAUGUGGCUAGGAGAAGAAUGCAGUUAGGAUCUGUGCUUCCUGACUCUGAGAAAUGUGUAUCACUGAGCAAGACACUGACCUAUGUGUAUAAGGAGUAUGGGAUCAAGAAGGGAUUGUACCGAGGCCUUUCUCUGAACUACAUCCGCUGUGUCCCCUCCCAGGCCGUGGCCUUUACCACCUAUGAGUUCAUGAAGCAGUUUCUCCACCUGAACUAGUCGUCGUUGUUAUACCUUCCAAGUCUGCACCUGAGCCGGUACGCUCCGAGUCAUUAAGCAGAACGACCUCAAUGCUUCCUUUGUAGAGUCAUCUGAGACUCACUUGCUACGUCUUAAACUCUUCCAUUUUGGAACUGCCUUUUCCUUGAGCUCACUGAAGGCACCACGGAGGUCAGUUAAAGCUGAAAAGGGAAACCUUAACAUCUGACAGUAAGGCGUUCCAUGUUUGUCCUAUCUCAUUGCCUCUUACUUCCUGCUUUUGUGACUCGCCACCUCUUCAGAGAGGAUUUACUCACGACAUGUGGCUUGAAUUUGAGCAACUCCCUCAUCAGCGUCUCCAUGGAUGCUGCAGGGCAGCGGCGUCUUGGUUGGAUGGCUCAGGGGAAUGAUACGCUCUUUAAAAAUGUUGUUGGCAACACCAUAACAACCCUCUGAUUGUGUAGAAGCCCCCUCAUUCACACAGCAAAUACAGAUGUCCACACACUCUCACUGAAGAUGGACACCAGCUUAAAAUGAUCAAAUUAGUAGUUUCUCUACAACUCAGUUAUAUAAUAUAUAACUAUAAUAUAGAUAACAGAUUUCUUCAAAAUAAUAUGAAGGUUUAUAAUGUUUGUUUAUUCAGGGCUUAGUUUUAAAUGUAUAGUGCAGCUUUGGGUUGCAGUAUCUUUAGGAGAAAUUGCUUUUUGUGUCUCUUUGCCUUUAUCAGUUUAAAAUCAGUACAACACAGUUCACCUGCAGGUUUUUAUUUUUAAAGAUGUUGUGACCUGGGUGGAGCAUGAUUUCAGUUGAAGUAACUUCACAUUUUAUUGCCAAACCUUGAAUAGAACAGUUACUGUCUGUAAUUUCAAUUGCUGAAAAAUCUUAGUUGUGUCGUAGGGUUAAUGUGCACUCAGAUGUUUAGUCUGUAGCCUUGAUGAUACUGAAUUAUGUACACCCAUGCUCAGCUGUGAUCAGAAAGGUACUUCAAGUUGUUUAAGAUGUCAGCUUUGUGACAAAAUAGGGAUGUAGUUCUGACAUGUCUGGAGGGAUACGUUUACCUGAAGGAACUCAGGAGAAAUUUGCACUGUAACUUUUUUCUUCAUUUAUUUAUUGAUUUAGCGACCUGUGGCCACUGGGUGGCAGCAUUGAAUAUAUAUUGCAUUGUUUACCAUCAGAGCAUAGGUCUCUUAUGAAUCACAAGUCAGAUUAGGAUCUUUAUGAUUUUUGCAAAUUGGUGAUUAUAAUAUAUGCAGUGUUUUUAACCCAGUUCAAUCCAGGCUGUUUGGAUGUAUUGUCCCAGGUAGGCUGAACAUAAAUUACUGAAUGAAAGUGUUGUUUAAUUCAAGCUGUAGUGCACCACAGACGUUUGCAUGAGCCUCAUCAGUUAGUUGUACAAGCAUGGUUAGUUUUCAGCCUCUUGCCUUCCUCUGCAUUCGAUGUCUUACCCCACCAGAGUGAUUAAUGUGUUAUAUUAGUUUCUCCACACACUUCAGUUGAUGCCUCAGCUUUUAGAUCCCUAUGUAUGAAUUGGAGGAAAUGAAAAGAGCAGAUGCUUAAGAUUGUUGUGACCCUUUAAAGUGAAGCGGUGUCUACAUAUGACCACUCAUCACAAUUUGUUUGUCCCCUCUAAACUUCUCAGAUUGUCCCAUUUGGAUGACUACAGAGGUAAAACUGCCCCAAAUUCCCCCCCAAAAGAAAAGUUCAAACACAAAAACAUAAAUUGUGCAGCAGAACACAAUGUUUUUGUUCUUCUUUUGUAUCCCAAUUAAUUCCUUUUCCCCGGAGACAGUCCAGUAAUUAUGUAUGUUCUGCAAAAAAUCUAUGACGUCUUCAUAUCCUCUAUCCUGCAGUCAGCGGUUGUGAAGGUAAACUCUGUGUUGUUGCUCUUUAAUUAUAUUGUGACCGCUCUGAUUCAUCAUGUGAACCAUUAGUGGGGUCCAGACCCCCAGGCUGGAAACUACUGCCUUAGAAUAUUGAAAUAUAAAUUACGAGACAACUGAACACUUUGAAAGCUAUUCACUGUAGAGGAAGUGGGGUGUCAUAAAGGCUUCUGUCACCUCUUAGCUGCUCCUUAUUUGGAAGGCUGCCACUCAUCAACCAGUGCAAAAAGACUUUGCAAGAGUUCUGAUUGGGAGUGCACCUCGGAUGUACAAUGAAAAAAGAUAUGCAGCAUUGAAAACUGUAGACAUGUACAUUUUGAUGCAGCUGGCACAUUUGAAAUCGUUAACACACACAACAUUGAAACCAGAGUGUUCAUUUCAGUUUGUCUGUUCAGCUGCGACUUACCUUCGUCUAAUAAUUGGAAAUCGCCUGGCUGCUCCAAACACCUCGAUGCCUCGUGCGUGAAGGUGUUGUUGAACAAAAGUCUAAAAAUCAUAUACAUUAUUUGACAUGAACAUAUAAUUCUCCCAAGUGCGAGUAAAUAACAGACUUGCCAAGUGUAUGUAACAAUAAUAAAGUAUCUGACGGUGCCUGCCUGCCUGGGCUUAAGAUCAUAGUGACACGAUCGCGCUGGUGAUAAGUGGAAGCCACCAUUUGGCAAGCAAAAUUGUUUUCAUCAACAUAUCUGCUUUUUAUGGUGCCACUCAUUCAUCUACAGUACUGCUCUGUACAGAAGCUUUCAUUUCCAGCUCUGUUGAUUUCCGUGUUUGCUUUCAAAUACCUGCUCUUUCUCUGUUUUUAGUUCAAGAAAGUCUCCUAUCAAUCAUUGAAGAACAGCUCAUCUCUGUUCCUGCUGCUGAUUGCAACAGAUAAUUAUGUAUGAAAAGGACUAUUCAGAUAUUUAUGUAAAUGUAAGCUAUGUAAUAGUAUGAUGUACUACUUUAUCAGGUUAUGUUAGCUGUGACUGAAAGAAGAUUUAGUUUGUAUGUUAUGAAAAUGCCUUUUUUUGUUGUUCAGUUUUAUGUACAUGUUCAGCUUUGCCUGCCUUGCUUUUCAUAGGCAGUGUGAAUUACAUUACAUGUCACCUUAAAACAGCGCCUGUGUUGUUUUUUUGUCAGUGUGAACUCAUGAAUGACCUUGUCCCUUUCUGUCAGACCGGUGCAGCCUUUUCUUUUUAACUGAGCGAGAACUUUGUGCUUCACAUACAGAUCCCCUAUUAAAGUUGAUUUUACAGUUUCAUCUGAAAAAAAAAAAAAUGCACAGGGACUCUGUGAUGCAUUUGCAUUUAUUUCACUGAUGCUGGAAAACACUACCUGUUGUUGUCUGAUGUCACAUAAUAAUUUGACUGGUAAAUGUGAUGUGUAAAAGAUGUGUAUGCUCACAUGUUCCUUGUGGGUGUGUUUCAUUUCCACAUCAUCAGUUAAAUACAGUUAGACUGGCCAAAUAAAAAACCCUGUCAUUCUC